ACACACCUGUAAGUAGAGGGAAAAGAAGUGUAAAAUUAGUGUAAAUUGAAGUCAAUUAACUUGAUAUACUUACCCAGCUACGAAGGAAGGGUCAGCACCGGCAAUGUUGAACCUGACCGUCACUCGAUGCUAGAUUGUACAGUGUCGGAAGGCGAAAAGAGGAGCGGAAAGGAAAAGGAUAAGGAGGAAUGAGGAGAGGAAGGAGUCGCAAAUUGAAAGGAAAGAGGAAGACUAUUUAAGUGAGUAUAAAGAGUUAAAAAAUGUUAACCAUACUUACCCCAAAAUAUAUUUACAGUUUUUGAGCUGUCUGUAAAGCUGCUACAAAAAUUAGUUUUUCAUCUGGUUCAUCCGAACAAACUCAAAAAUUAAAUACGGGUUCGGAAACCUCACCACAAUGAGCGAUUCAACGAUAGUCUGCGGCGCAUGCGGACGCAUUCUCACCGCUGCGGAGGAGAGGACCACCUGCGGUAAUUGCAACGAGAUGUACCACUCCUGCUGCGUGUACAGCACGGCGGCGGAGACAAAGUGGUACUGUCCGGAAGGUUGUUUGCAGCGGAACGUGGAAAACGCCCGAGCCAAAGACAGAUCCGAUCCAGCUAGUUCAGCGCCAGAAGCAAGCGGACAGCCAGCUGUCGUGGCCGAAUCGAACAUGUCGGAGGUCGCACAGGUAGCGCUGGAACAACACGCGGAAGAAUUCGAUGCUGAUCGUUGGAUUCGGGAGAAGCAGUUCGAGAUCGAGUUGGAGCUGGCAGCACGGCAGGCGCAGAUCGAUCGCGAGCUGCGGAAGAGAGAAGAAAGGAUGGCCGAAGCAUUCCAGAAGGCAAUGCGGCGGCAAGAAGUUGCCUUGGAGGUCGGCCUAAGGAAGAAGGCGGACCACGAGAGGCGAAUGGCGGAGCUAGAAAGAUCGUUCCAGAGAAGGUCGUCAGUGAUCGACAAGCAGCUGGAGCAGAUCAAGUUCAGCUGCGAGAAGCCCCUGCCAUCCAGUCAAAUCAUUGAUUCAGCGAUGGAGGAGACGGCAGAAACCGGCAAGAAGAACGAACGCGAAGACAAUUUGCCGGAGACGGAUGUAGAGAGCGGUGGACGUUCAAAAAGGCGCGCAAAAGACGCCGACGAGAAAAAGGUGAAGCUGGAAAUUCAAGAUUUCAUCGGCAGAAGUCCAAACGGGCUGGGGCAGCAGUGUUCCGGACUCGAGAAGGCACAACUGGCCGCGGGCGGGAGACUCACAAGACAGUCUCCUUGUUACCCGAACGACCCAGAGCAGUGGCCAGAGUCUCUUGGAACGCGAGAAGGAUCCUCGAAAGCCCAUGGAGUGACGGACGCACGAAACCUUGUGGGGCUUCGCCACUCGAUUGAAGGUGCGGCGCAGGAUACUGGACACUGUCCGAAUCAUUGGUCUGAGCCAGUUUUCGAGAAGUGCCAGCCAACGUUGGAAUGCCCGGAACUGCUGCCAGCAAGCCACCCGGAGAGAGCGCGCGAGCUACAACAUCCGAAAGCGGACAGGCUUGUGAAGCUCACAUCGCUCGAGAACGCAGAUAACCAACUGUGCGAGCACAUGGAGGCGACGGAUCUCACUCUGGUGAAUCCGCUCGCGAACGAAGACCCUGUUAGCGUACUCCCGGACGGGGAUAAACGUCACUGGGCAAAGAAGAAGACGGAAGCGACGAACCUUCCGUCGAGAAUCAACCCGGACACAAGAGCCGGGACAAGGAGAAGAAGAAGACAGUUAGAGAAAGCAGAACUCUACUGUCGGAAGAAGAGCAGCAGGGCCAACACGCAACAACAAAAGUGCUACGAUCACCAGUUGCGGUUCUGCAGAGAAAUUGGAAAACUGUUCGACGACAAGCACUUCAAGAUCGUCGCAAGAUGGGAGAUCGGCGACGGCGUGAAGGAUCAGCUGGAGGAUCGCUGCCAAAGCAAUACGCGCGGGAAGCUUUACACUCUGGAAGAUCUUCCGGUCGUAAACUCGGUCAGCAUCAGCGCGCCCGAGGGAUACGUCAAUGCGAUCAUAUUUGGAACGGGUCCGGGUCAGCGGUAUGGAGGAAUUUCGGCGAACGCGAACGAUGCGGCGACCGUCCCGUUGGUCGUAGGCGUGACAGCUUUUCGACCGAGACUCGGAGACGCAGAAGGUAAAAACGGCCUGCAGCAGAAGGCUGAGGUAAGACGCGCGUGGCCACGAUUCACACGAAUGCAAGGGUGGAUUUCUACGGUGAGCUCAACCGGUGGCAACAAUUGGUCUCUGUCUACGGAGUAUCUGGAACUGUGGAUGAGCCAUCACAAGUUGCAAGCUGAGGUACUGUCGGCGCUGUACAGCAGCCGUGCUGCGGCUAAGGACAGUAGGCUGGAAGAAAUGAUCGGCCGAAGGAACCGGCCGGCGGGAACCUACGCGGAGUUGAUCGCUGGUGGCACGAGCGAACCCUGGAUCUCCUGGACGAUGACCGGCGAAUUGGAACACGGAAGUGAACCAGAUGCGGUGCUUCAAGAUGUCGACCGAUACUACACGAAAGCGGAAAUGGCACGCGAUUUGAUGGACGAAGCAAACGACCAAGUUCUGAUGAACGGUGGUCACUACGGCGGCAGCGGAGGAAACAAGCUGCCCCAAAGCAACAGCACCCCGCUGAGGAUUCCAAGGAUUCUAGCGAAAAAGAUGAUGCAUCGGCCAACGAGCGUCGACGCUGGCGAUGUCAUCGGCGAUGUGGAUGCGCACGUGGACGCAACGCAUGGCCGGGCGAAUCAAGUCUGCGCGAUCUCCGAGGAGAACCUGCAGGUGCUGAACGGCGCGCAGAAAACGACGGCUGGAAACGUCGGGAAAGCGACGAACCUGGAUGACACCAAGGUGUCGCAGGAGCAAGAAGAUGAACGAGGAGCAGUUGACUUAGCGGUUUGA